AUGGUCGUGGCUUAUCGGCAUGACAGCAACUAUGCCCUAUCGCCUUCCGCGUUCCACGCGCUUCCCCCCACCGUCUCUCACACACUCCCCCACGCACACCCAUGCUUCCCCUCACCGUCGCCCGAGCUCUUCCCCACCGUCGCCCGAGCUCUUCCCCACCGUCGCCCGAGCUCUUCCCCACCGUCGCCCAAGCUCUUCCCCACUGUCGCCCGAGCUCUUCCCCACCGUCGCUCACGCUUCCCCUUACCGCCGCUCACGCUUCCUCCUGCCUUCACCAACGCUUCCCCACAUCGUCGCUCACCCCUUCCUUCCUCCACCUUCCCUCACGCUUCCCCGCUCAUCGCCUACGGUUCCCCCCACCGACGCUCACGCUUCCCCCCACCGUCGCUCACGCUUCCCCCCACCGUCGCUCACGCUUCCCCCCACCGUCGCUCACGCUUCCCCCCACCGUCGCUCACGCUUCCCCCCACCGUCGCCCACACUUUCCCCCACCAUCGCCCACGCUUCCCCCCACCGUCGCCCACGCUUCCCCUCUCAUCGUCCUCCCUGUCGCCUGGAAAUGAGCCUCCCCGCCGACCUCCCUUCUCUCCCACCUCUCUCCACGUCGUCAUCAGUCCCCUGCCUAUCACGUUCCACCUCUUCAUCACCAUUGCUUCUCCACCCACGCCGCCCACCCUCUCAUCCGUUCCUAUCGGCUUUAGGUUCGUUGUUGCUUCCCUUCCCAUUGCCGUGCUGCUGCGGCUUUGGAGCAGAGCGCUGGGCGCACAGCCGGGGCAGCGCGUGCAGUUGGGCAGCAAGGAGCGCAGUGCUUCAGAUGACAAGGGGCAGGGGAGCGGGGGAGGCAGGGCAGGGGAGGCGGAGGGGAGGGAGAGAGGGUCCAGGCAUCCUCCUAUCCUAUCCACCCUUAUACCCUGCCACACUUUUACCUCCUGCCCUCCUCCCUUACUCUGUUCGUUCGUUACCCCACAGUCGUCCUCCCCUCCCUUCUCCGUUGUGAAGGCACCGCUGCAGGUGGACGGGGUGACGGGCCACGUGACGUGGGAAUGGGUGGGCUACCCGCGUGUGAUUUGCAGGGUUAUUCCCAGCCUGCACCAUCAGAUGUCGGCUCUUUCUCCCCCUCGUUGGUCUACCUGCAUCCAGUGCUUCUCUUGUACUGCAGUGGGCCCUUGCCUCUUUGGCGCCUCAGGUGUUUCCUUUCAUAUGGCUGAGUUACUCUGUCCCACGCUCCCCCCCACCGUCACCCACGCUUCCUCCCACCGUCGCCCACGCUUCCCCCCACCGUCGCCCACGCUUCCCCCCACCGUCGCCCACGCUUCCCCCCACUGCCACCGUUGCCCACGCUUCCCCCCACCGCCACCGUCGCCCACGCUUCCCCCCACCGCCACCGUCGCCCAUGCUUCCCCCCACCGCCACCGUCGCCCACGCUUCCCCCCACUGCCACUGUCGCCCACCGCCAGUGGCCAGCAGCACCCUUCUGUCGCAUACACGUUCAUUUCCCCUUCCCUCAUCUCCCCAUUCCUCAUCUCCCCUUCCCUCAUCUCCCCAUUCCUCAUCUCCCCAUCCCUCAUCUCCCCAUUCCCCAUCUCCCCUUCCCUCAUCUCCCCAUCCCUCAUCUCCCCAUCCCUGACCUCCCCAUCCCUCUCCUCCCCAACCCUCUCCUCCCCAUCCCACGCCUCCCCAUCCCUCAUCUCCUCAUCCCUCAUCUCCCCAUCCCUCAUCUCCCCAAUCCGCCUCACCCCAUUCCGCCCCACCCCGUUCCGCCCCACCCCAUUCCGCCCCACCCCUUUCCGCCCCACCCCAUUCCGCCCCACCCCUUUCUGCCCCACCCCAUUCCGCCCCACCCCUUUCUGCCCCACCCCAUUCCACCCCACCCCAUUCCGCCCCACCCCAUUCUGCCCCACCCCUUUCUGCCCCACCCCAUUCCGCCCCACCCCUUUCUGCCCCACCCCAUUCCUCGUUUCCUCUUUUCCUCGUUUCCUCGUCCCUCCUUUCCCGAUCCCAUCAUUCCUCUGCCAAUUGUCAUUCUUUUGCAUGCCUGCUUCCCUUAUACUUCAACCACAUCACAUCUGA